AUGUCGGAACGAGGUCGGGCAUCUUUCUCUAAUCUAGCUGGAAAUACAGGUGGUAAUUUGUAUAGAGUUGUGUCGUCACCCGACUCUAAUCUACGUGGUAGUAUGGGUGGUAACUUACAACGAGGUCGGACAUCUUUACCUAAUCUAGGCAUCGCUGAUCCCCAGACAAAUUUUGCGGCGGUGUUUAGUCAAGUUACCCCACACGGCCUUCAGAUGAUUGGCGGUCGUGGCGAGGAGCGGGCUGAUAAUUAUUAUACUCAGGAGGAUGAUUGUGGUAUAAACAUGCAGACACCUCGCCACUCGAAUGUUGAAGAUACGUCGGGUGGCUCUAAUGUUGCAGAUUCACAUGGUUCUGAAUUACCGUUGAUCCACCGAGAUGGGAAGGGGUUUGCAGACCAUUCUAUACAUGGGUACAUUGCAGAAAUGGCAUGGGAUUGUUUGGAUCAUGCUUGGCCUAGAUAUAAGAGUAUCCCACGGGAGGUUGUCAAACAAUGGUUUGCGCGUUUUAAGACUCGUUAUCGGUGGAAUUCACAAGAAGAAGGUGACAUCUUCGAUUGUUUUGAGAGUGUUUUGAAAGAGCGUUUUAGAGAGAGAAUGGGGGUUGUUAAGAAAACAUCAGCAAGAAUGGCAAGAAAAGCAGGGCAUACUAUCCAUGAAAUUAAUGACUCAUAUCAGAUCCUCCAGAAUUUUGCUCCUCGUCCCAUACAUGAAGACGUGUGGAGGCGUUUGUGUGCUUAUUGGGACACAGAUGAAUGGAAGAAAAAAUCUCUUAUCGGGAAGAGGAACCGUAGCACUUCUGUUGAUUCUGGGGUGACAGCUACGUAUACAGGCGGCAGCAUCGGAGUCAGCGAGACUCGUAAGCGGAUGAAAAAGUUGACGGGUAAAGACCCAUACUAG